CCAGACACAGUAAAUACUUUUUUUUAAGGUUUGUUGUUCUCAAUCACAAAAAAGUGAAAACUGAUUUACAUUUAUUCAAGAAAAACUUGGUGUGUGUAAUCCUAAAAGUGAACAUUGAGAAUUUCAAACACCCACCGUAAACACUGCUGUCGUGGAUCUUGAAUGCAACCCACUAUUUUCUUCCUUUUUUCCGUCUAACUUCCAGCUGACUCUGCAGUGCAGUUUCCUGAACUGAGUCCAGAGUCCACAGCGAGGAAACCUUCACAAUCACAGCUGGAAGGAAAGUUAACAGUGAGGCGUAGAAAGAUCCAAAGUUGUUUUAGAGACUUUGAAAAACAGUGUGCACCAAAAUCUUAGUGGCUCACAUUAACUGUUAAAAGGAUCUGAUUAGACUGUAAAACAGAUUCAGAGCAGCUGGAUUUAGUUGAAAGCAGGUUCUGGAUGUCUGCAGCGGGGGAAGUCUGUGAUGUGGAGUUCAGCUUCGCAGAGGAGAAGGACUCCCAACAGGUCCUGAACAUCUGCAGCAAGGAUGACUACAGCGGGCUGGACUACCUGCCUGCGACCUUUCACCGCUGGCUGCAGGAGCCUGGACGUCUCAUCUUCAUCGCUAAGAUGAAGAACAGAGUGGUGGCGCUGGAGUCUGUGCUGUUUGUUGACGGUGGUCAGACGGUCGUGUUUCAGGGUUUCAGGGUAGUACCUGAUUUGAGAGGUUCUGGAAUCGCCGGCGCCCUCCAGAGGCACGUGAACGCUUACAUCCGCCACCACCACCCAGACGCCUCGACUGUCAGGCUGAGCCGCGGAGACCAGCCCUCACCACAAGUCCUGGCCAAGUACAGAUUCAUAGCUAAAGAGGCCAUCUUGUCUCUGUGCUGCGAGGCGACUGACCUCGGCCGCUUCGUCGCUGAGCUUCAGUCCAGACUCUCCUGCCAGGCUGACUCCUCCCCCGGAGGUCCAGUGACUCUGAACCAGCAGCAGGCGGAGACUCUGGUCCUGACCGACCAUGUGGUUUCCAACUUGCUGCCCGGCAAAACCAUCGUCAACGACUGGGAACCUCUGAAGCCCGUGGAGGCCAACCUGGAGGUGCUGCGCCGCAGGAGUCUGACAUGGAUUGCAGACCGCGAGUUUGAGCCCUCAGCCAUCAGCCUGUGCACCGCACCGUACGCCGUCCCCUACCGCCACGACGCCCUGCGCAUCAACAUCAACAUCUUUGGCCGCAGUUUGUCUUCGGUCUGCGCCGUGUUUCUGGCUCAGCUUGAAGCUCUGCUGCCAAGUCUCCAAGGGUACCUGAUCUUCCACACCUACGUGGACCCUGCAGUUUGGUCAGGGUUACGUCAGUUCUGCCAGAACAACGCUAAUGUGUCCUUCUUCAAGGACUACUGGGAGGACGUCAUACUGGAGAAAGACCUCUGAAUUGCCUUGGCUUUGUAGAAAUCCUUAGGGGUCCUACAGUUAUUUCAAUGUCUUUUAGGGGUUUCAGAGGUUCUUGUGGGUUUUUUUAGGGAUUUAGGAGCAAAGGGAUCCUUGGAGACAUUCAUGGUGUUCUUGGAGGGUUUCCUGGGACCCCUGCAGUAUUUCCAGAAGCUCAGGGUUCAUCAGGGUCCCUGAAGGAGUAGCAUGAGCCUUUGAGGCAUGUAAGGGGUUGUUUGGGUCUUUGAGCGCAUCAUCUCCAGAUGGGCGUCCAGAGAUACUUUCUGGGGAUUCCAGGUUCAUUAAUUGGGUUUCAGGGAUUCUGGGUGGGCUUCCAGGUGUUGGCGCUCUUCAGUAAAGAAUUAGCCUUUAAAUUAAAACUGAAUGAAAAAAAUAAUAAGCAGUGCAAUCAGUAAAAGUGGGUCAGAUUUUAUGUGUAUAUGACAAACCUCAAUAAACAAUAUCAGGUGCAUUUGUUUUACCCAAAUCUUUACGUGAAUUAUUUUUUAUGAUGUGACAUCUGCCCGUGAGAAGAUUCUUUUCUUUUAAUCAUUUAUUGCUUUGUAUGGAAGACAAGGGUCACAGUUUAUGAUCUCACAUGAUGUUCGUUUUCCUCCAAUGUCGCACUGUCAGCAUAUUUCCAGUCUGUCAUCCCAUGUUACAGAAAGGAAAAAUAAAGUCACAAUAAAGCUUUGGACAGUGUUGACUCUGA